GUAGUUAAUAAUAUAUUUUAUUUUUAUUUUAUCACUUCACCAAAUGCACUCAGCCGCUGAUUAAGAUGGCCAUGUUUACGAGAUCGCUUCAAGGUAUUCUGUAUCCAAAGACAGAAAGUACGUUGAUGACAUUUCGAGUGAAAAUUUCUCGUUUUCUUUCAAAUAAUGCAACUAAGAAAACAACUCAGCUCAAACAGAUGUUAAAAUCAUCAGAACUUGAGUUUAUCAUGGAAGCACAUAAUGGCAUGAGUGCAAAAAUUGUGCAAGAAGCUGGUUUUAAAGGGAUUUGGGGUAGUGGAUUGUCCAUUUCAGCACAACUUGGUGUACGUGAUAGCAAUGAGGCAUCUUGGACCCAGGUUGUUGAUGUAAUGGAGUUCAUGAGUGAUGCGACUGAUAUUCCUAUUUUACUCGAUGCAGACACUGGAUAUGGAAACUUUAAUAAUGCUAGACGAUUGGUGCAGAAGUUGGAGCAAAGAGGUGUUGCAGGUGCAUGUCUUGAGGAUAAACUAUUUCCAAAGACCAACUCCUUGCUUGAUGGCCGAGCUCAACCUCUUGCAGACAUUGAAGAAUUCUCGCUGAAGAUAAAGGCUUGUAAAGAUACACAAGAAGAUCCAGACUUUGUGGUGGUUGCACGAGUUGAGGCUUUUAUAGCAGGUUGGGACCUUGAUGAAGCUCAUAAGCGUGCUGAGGCAUAUAUGAAUGCAGGUGCAGAUGCUAUUCUUAUGCACAGCAAGAAAUCUGAUCCUUCAGACAUCGAGGCUUUCAUGAAAGCAUGGAAUAAUCAGGGACCGGUGAUUAUAGUGCCAACAAACUAUUACACAGUACCUACUGAUCAUUUCCGUGAACUUGGCAUUUCAAUGAUCAUUUGGGCAAAUCAUAACAUGCGAGCAUCCAUAGCUGCCAUGCAGGAGACUACACGACAAAUUUACCUGGAUCAGUCUUUAGUUAAUGUCGAAGAUAAGAUUGCUAGAGUAAAAGAAAUUUUCCGUCUUCAAGGUGACAAGGAACUCACACAAGCCGAGGAUAAGUAUCUUCCAAAAAAUUAACAAAAUUUUAUCAUUAAUUUAUAUAUGAACAAAAUUAAAUUGUACGGUAACUGUUCGUAAUAAUUAUGAAAACCAUUGCA